UUCAAAACCACAUUUUCUCUGUGAUUCUCUCUCUGUUCCCUUCUAUCUUCACUUUCUGAAAAUUUUCAAAGAAGAAAUUUAGAACUUAGCCAUGGCAGGACGAGGAAAAACCCUAGGAGCAUCUGCUGGAUCUAAGAAGGCACAAACAAGAAGUAGUAAAGCUGGUCUUCAAUUCCCAGUUGGUCGUAUCGCUCGUUUCUUGAAAGCUGGUAAAUAUGCCGAACGUGUUGGUGCUGGUGCUCCUGUUUAUCUUGCUGCUGUUCUUGAAUAUCUCGCUGCUGAGGUUUUGGAAUUGGCUGGAAAUGCUGCAAGAGAUAACAAGAAGACAAGAAUUGUACCAAGACAUAUUCAAUUAGCUGUGAGAAAUGAUGAAGAAUUAAGCAAGUUACUUGGUACAGUUACAAUUGCUAAUGGUGGAGUUAUGCCUAAUAUUCAUACCCUUCUUCUUCCCAAGAAAUCUGCUGCUUCAAGUAAAUCAUCCCAUGAUGAUGAUGACAACUAAACGUAAUCACAGAGCUAGAUCUUUCAAUGUAGUCAGUCAGUUUAUUUUAGCCAUCUUAUUGAAUAUUCCAUGAAUGUGAAUGUGAAUAUUAUGUUGGGAAAAUCGUUUGUUCUUAUCAACUAUUAUUAAUGAAGAAUUGUUACAAUCCCUUUGAUUGGUUCAUUUCCUUUCUUCA